GCGUGAUUUGCGGGGUUUUGCGCGGAGGGAGGAUGACGAAACCUCCAGGCCGCCUCCCAUGCAGUAUAAAACCUCCCAGUCCGACUCCACACUUCCUCUUUGUGUUACCUGGCUAAGGGGCAGCAGCUUUGGCCGUGAAAACCCAGAAACACCGAAACUAAAACAAUGGGAAAGGAAAAGACCCACAUCAACAUCGUGGUCAUUGGCCAUGUCGACUCCGGCAAGUCCACCUCCACCGGCCACCUGAUCUACAAAUGCGGAGGAAUCGACAAGAGAACCAUCGAGAAGUUCGAGAAGGAAGCCGCUGAGAUGGGAAAAGGCUCCUUCAAGUACGCCUGGGUGUUGGACAAGCUGAAGGCCGAGCGUGAGCGUGGUAUCACCAUCGACAUCGCUCUGUGGAAGUUUGAGACCGGCAAGUACUACGUGACCAUCAUUGAUGCUCCUGGACACAGGGACUUCAUCAAGAACAUGAUCACUGGUACCUCCCAGGCUGACUGCGCCGUCCUGAUCGUUGCUGCUGGUGUUGGUGAGUUUGAGGCUGGUAUCUCCAAGAACGGUCAGACCCGUGAGCACGCCCUGCUGGCCUUCACCCUGGGUGUGAAGCAGCUCAUCGUUGGUGUCAACAAGAUGGACUCCACUGAGCCCCCUUACAGCCAGGCCCGUUUUGAGGAGAUCCAAAAGGAAGUGAGCACCUACAUCAAGAAGAUCGGCUACAACCCUGCCGCUGUUGCCUUCGUCCCCAUCUCUGGAUGGCACGGAGACAACAUGCUGGAGGCCAGUACCAAGAUGAACUGGUUCAAAGGAUGGAAGGUUGAGCGCAAGGAUGGCAAUGCCAACGGAACCACUCUCCUGGAUGCCUUGGAUGCCAUCCUGCCACCUUCCCGUCCCACAGACAAGCCCCUUCGUCUGCCCCUGCAGGACGUCUACAAGAUUGGCGGCAUUGGAACUGUCCCAGUCGGUCGUGUUGAGACCGGUGUCCUGAAGCCCGGCAUGGUCGUCACCUUCGCUCCCCCCAACCUGACCACUGAAGUGAAAUCCGUGGAGAUGCACCACGAGUCUCUAACUGAAGCCGUGCCCGGUGACAAUGUUGGCUUCAACGUCAAGAACGUCUCAGUCAAGGAAAUCCGUCGUGGAUACGUCGCUGGAGACAGCAAGAACGACCCACCCAAGGCCGCCGACAGCUUCAAUGCUCAGGUCAUCAUCCUGAACCACCCAGGUCAGAUCAACGAGGGUUAUGCCCCCGUUCUGGACUGCCACACCGCUCACAUUGCCUGCAAGUUCAAGGAGCUGAUUGAGAAGAUCGACCGUCGUUCCGGCAAGAAGCUUGAGGACAACCCCAAGUUCGUCAAGUCUGGUGACGCCGCCAUCGUCAAGCUGAUCCCCCAGAAGCCCAUGGUGGUGGAGCCCUUCUCCAACUACCCUCCCCUUGGUCGUUUUGCCGUGCGUGACAUGAGGCAGACCGUGGCUGUCGGAGUCAUCAAGGCCGUCGACACCAAGGAAGUUUCCGGAAAGACGACCAAGGCUGCAGAGAAGGCCCAGAAGAAGAAAUGAAUGGUCGUGCAGGACAUCCAACAUCAAGACGCGUGCCGGCAGCUGCGGGCCAUCCCCUCCCCUGUCUCCUCGUACCACCCUGGGUCAUCUUCUCCGAGGCACAGCUCUCUACUCAAGGACUGGCUUAUGCUGAUUAAAACCCAUCGCAAAAGUUUCCGCAGGAAAAAAGAACUCUGGCAUUGUCACCCAAGUCAAAAGACAGUGCCUCUUCUCAGUUCAGUUUGAGUUGGAAAUGGUUUAGAACUGUAUCUCAAUGUUUAAAAAAAUGCCACAAAUUAAUUGGAAAGAAAGCUGCUGGUAACUAAUAAAUGUUUCUGAAAAAAUUGCAA